AUGUGUACCUUAGAGAAGCGUGGUAGGGUGUACAUCCUGACUUUAACCGGUUCCAACGAGCACCGCUUCAAUCUCACCACUGUCCUAUCUAUUCGCUCCGCCCUCGCCCAAGUCCGCUCCGACUCCGGCGCAGGCGCCUCCCUCGUCACCGCCGCGGAAGGGAAGUUCUUCUCCAACGGCUUGGACGUCGCCUGGAUCAGCGCCUCCACUCCCGAUCUCAUCCAUCAAUAUGAGUCCGCUCUCCGAGCCAUGAUUGCUGAUCUCGUCUCCCUCCCCAUGCCUACCAUCGCCUCCAUCACCGGCCACGCCGCGGGCGGCGGCUUCAUCUUCGCCCGAGCGCACGACUACGUCGUGAUGCGCGGCGACCGGGGGUUCAUCUACAUGAACGAGCUGGACAUCGGCGAGCGGUUCCGGAAGUACGGGAUGUCGGUGCUGAGAUCGAGGAUAUCGGAUGCGAGGGUGCUGAGGGAUUUGGUGCUUAGACCGGAGAAGAUGAAGGCGGGGGAGGCGGAGAGGAAGGGGGUGAUUGAUCGAGCGGUGGAGGGAGCGGCGGAGGAGACGGUGGCGGUGGCGGUGAGGAUGGCGGAUGAGAUGGCGGCGAAGGGUUGGGAUGGUGGUGUCUAUGCUUCCAUCCGGAAAAGGGCUUUUCCCAAGAUUUUUAGGGAUUUGGGAUUGGGUGAGGACAUUGAUGAGGAUAUUUCUAGGGUUUUCACUUCCAAGCUUUGA